CUUAAAUUCAAGAAAUUGUAUAAAAAUAAAAUUGUAAAAUGCAACACUUAUAUCAUCAAAAUCGGAAGAAAUCCACAGAAUCAGAUCGAUCUUCUUCCUCGCGCGAUUUCUGCUUCAAGCUCUCUUCAUCACGUUGAAGAUCAAUUAGAGUAGUUAAACCGCACAAAAGGGGAAGGAAUGAGUCAGAGAAAAUCUGUUAAUGGGAGGCCAUCGGGGACCGACGGCUCUGAUUUUUCAUAUCGAAUGGUCGUCGAUUCCAGAUACCAAAGAGUAGCUGAAGGAAAAUCUCGCCUCAGCAAACUGAUAUUUAUCCAGGGCUUUAUUCAAUUGCUUGCUGCGGUAGUUGUAUUUUUGCCUACGAUGGAAGGGGGAGCUCUUGAUAGGCUUUCAGUCUCUUCGAGUGUCAUUUUCUUUGUUUCUCUAUUGAUAGGAGAAUUAGGUCGAAAGCGUAGCCUAGCUAGCCUUUUGAAGCUGUACUUGUUUGGAUCUUCGGUUGCUGUUAUUAUCUCAGUUUUCUCUGUGCUUCAGAGUAAAAAUUCACUUAAGGUUAUCAAAGAUUUGAGUCGGUGGGCGACAUCAAAGCUGGAAGUUUCACAUAUCGGUGUUGUUUCACUUGGACUAGUGGUGCAAGUAUUUGCUUUUGCAGUGACGACCUCCCUCAUCCACAACAUGGCUCCUCCCAAGAGGUCCUCGUGAUCUAUUUCUUUGGUUUUAGUUCUAGAGGAGAGCAAUCACAUCUGGUUUCAACUUCAACAUCAUCCAAGGCGGAAACGGACUCCUUUCUUGGAACACAAAGGUGUGUGUAUCGGAUGUUCACGGUUCUUGUACUGUGUUUUCUUAUUAGUCAUGCGUCCAAGCUAGAUACUGUGUGGGUCAGAGUAUGGGAUCAUUUGACGGGUCGGGACUCGACUUGUCCCACAUUUUAUUUUACUAUAUAUUGGAAAAGAUUUUGACCUCCA